AUGCCUUUGUCAGUAUUCCACUGGGCUUUGAAUGACUGGUCUCCAGUGCUGGCCUUGGCACUCUUCAAGGGGUCAGUAACAUUCCAGGAUGUGGAUGUGGACCUCACACAGGAGGAGUGGGGCCUGUUGGACCAUUCUCAGAAAGAGCUGUACAUGGAGGUCUUGCUGGAGAAUGUGCAGAAUCUACUCUCCGUGGAUAGGGGCAAUCUUGCCAGACAUCAGAGAAUCCACACUGGAGAGAAACCUUAUGAAUGUCAAUACUGCAGAAAGGCUUUUGCAAACUGGGCUUCUCUUGCUUUACAUCAGAGAAUCCAUAUUGGAGAGAAACGUUAUGAAUGUAAACAGUGUGGAAAGGCUUUCCCAUGGAGGGGCCAUCUUGUUCUACAUCAGAGAAUCCAUACUGGAGAGAAACCCUAUGAAUGUAAACAGUGUGGAAAGGCUUUCACACAGAGGGGCUCUCUUGCUGCACAUCAGAGAAUCCACACUGGAGAGAAACCUUAUGAAUGUAAACAGUGUGGAAAGGCUUUCACAUGGAAGGGCCAUCUUGUUCUACAUCAGAGAAUCCAUACUGGAGAGAAACCUUAUGAUUGUAAACAGUGUGGAAAGGCUUUCACACGAAGGGGCUCUCUUGCUGCACAUCAGAGAAUCCACACUGGAGAGAAACCUUAUGCAUGUAAAUACUGUGGAAAGGCUUUCACAGAGAGGGGCUCUGUUGCUAGACAUCAGAGAAUCCAUACUGGAGAGAAACCUUAUGAAUGUAAACAGUGUGGAAAGGCUUUCACACAGAGGGGCCCUCUUGCUAAACAUCAGAGAAUCCACACUGGAGAGAAACCUUAUGAAUGUAAACACUGUGCAAAGGCUUUCACAGAUAGGGGCCAUCUUGCCAGACAUCAGAGAAUCCACACAGGAGAGAAACCUUAUGACUGUAAACUUUGUGGGAAGACUUUCACAGAUAGAGGCAAUCUUGCUAAACAUCAGAGAAUCCACACUGGAGAGAGACCUUAUGAGUGUAAACACUGUGGAAAGGCUUUCACACAUAGGGGCCCUCUUGCUAGACAUCAGAGAAUCCACACUGGAGAGAAACCUUAUGAAUGUAAACAUUGUGGAAAGGCUUUCAUACAGAGUGGCCAUCUUAUUGCACAUCAGAGAAUCCACACUGGAGAGAAACCUUAUGAAUGUAAACACUGUGGAAAAGCUUUCAUACAGAGAGGCAAUCUUGCUGCACAUCAGAGAAUCCACUCUGGAAAGAAACCUUAUGAAUAUAAACAGAAUGGAAGGACUUUCACAGUGAGGAAUAAUCUUUCUAAACAUCAGAAAAUCUGUACUGGAGAGAAACCUUUUUGUAUGGAGUGAAAAAUUAUUCUCAUCCUUAAGGUAAUAGUUAUUAUUGUCUACUUUAGUAAAGCUUGUUCCUGCCCUUCUAGCAACCUUCAAGGCAAGAUUAUCCUACCCACAUCCUUUUCCCUGUAAGACAAAAGUUUUACAGCCUGCCAGUGUUUUGGCUGAUCUUAGACCCUGAAGUACCCUAUGAUCAAAUCUUAAGUACACUUUUGUCUUGGAAAUUCUUCUAAUUGUAUUGAAGACUUUCCCCCAAGAUAGUCAAGCCUAAUGGCUGGAAUGGUACUCAUUGUAGGCAUUGUAAAACCCUCCCAGAUAAUCCAGUCCCCCCUCCCACUUUUUUUUUUUUUGUAUCUGUCUCUAAUUUCCUGAUUAUUCCUUUAAAAUGUAUAUUUGCUUGAAUGUACUCAUUAUAAAGCUAUUUAACUUAA